GUCCCAAUUGUGAAUCACAUAUGAGAACACACAUUCCACAUAAACUAAUAUUAAUUUACUCAAUCAAGGUAUAGUACAUAAUUACCAUGGCUUCCCAAUCGGUGGUAACUAUGGAGAAGCCUAUGGCUCAUAUUUCACUGACAGAUUGGAAUGCCCGUGUAGCCCGACUUGGCAAUGUUGCCGAUGCGCGUUGCGCAGACACUUUUACCAUUCGAAAUACAUCACGUACACUCAUUAAUGAGACACGAAUCGAGAGCACGUGGGCAAACAAAGAAUCGAAUGAUGCACUAACUGAUCGCAUAGAUGAGUUGGAAUUCUGGCGAAAGAUAAUUGCCAAAACGUUUGAACGUUUAGAGAAUGAGAUUGAAUCGCUUAAGCAAGAGAAGAUUAAAACGGAGCGUGUCUUGGAUACACUGGGAGCACCUAUAGCACUCAUAGGCGAGACACUGAGCAAGCGCGACUGUCGCCUUGGUGCUGAGCUGACAUACGAUGAACCUGACACUGAGAUCAAAAAUGAGCUGUAUGUAUUGGAGAACAAUCAAAGAUUGUUGUCAGAUCGUUGCCGUAACGCUUGGGAGAAACUGAAUCGCCUUCAGGAUGUGAGUGAGAAGAUUCGCAUGGAGAUCGAGGGCAAAGUAGAGGCGAAAAAUACGGACAGCAAGCAACUGGCACUUGAUCGUAGUUCAACAAAAAUAUCGUACAAACCAGACUCGCAACGUAAUCCCCAAAAUGCAAGCACAUAUGAAGCAUGGUUGGAGAAUGCGAAGAACAUUAAGCAGCUGGCCGAGAACGAACUGGCAGACACCGCGGUCAUAAGGGAGUCAUUAUUUGUAUGUCGGGAGAAGGCUCGAAGCAUACUGAAUGCCCAACAGGAGCGUACUGAAUAUAGCUUGCGGAAGCGAAUAUUCGAGACCAAGCGGGCGCGCAAUGAGCUGGAGUGGCAGAAGGUCAAGAUGAAGGAGGAAAUGGAGAGAGCAGUAUGCUCCAUGGACAACUUGGAGGCCGUAUUACGGGAGAAGAGCGCAGAUCUGAAGCUUGCCGAGACACGCCUGGAGAAUCGAGCACUGCGGAGGGGCAGAGAGCUUUGUCUGGAUUAUGCUCAAGCAAUUCUCCAUCAAGAGGUGGAAAAGUUACGUGAAAUGCAACGAUGCCUUCGGGAGAAGCUGGAAGAGUCACAGGCAAACUAUAAUCUCUUAACGAGUCAUGCUCAAAAAGUCGAUAUAGAUCUGGAGAAUAAAAGCCAAUCGCUGAAUGCUGAUACACGAGCUCUUGAGUUAAGACUGCGGCUCAAAGAGGAAGAAAUUGGAAUGAUGGCUUUCAAUCCAAGUGCUCACACUGAUAGAAACAUUGAAUUACUGCAUAUGGAGAAUAUUCCAAAGUGAUAUAUACAUUUCUUU